AUGCUGAAAAGGAAGCAGAGUUCCAGGGUGGAGGCCCAGCCAGUCACUGACUUUGGUCCCGAUGAGUCUCUGUCUGACAAUGCUGACAUACUCUGGAUCAACAAGCCAUGGGUGCACUCGCUGCUGCGCAUCUGUGCCAUCAUCAGCGUCAUCUCGGUUUGCAUGAACACGCCCAUGACCUUCGAGCACUAUCCUCCUCUUCAGUAUGUGACCUUCACUUUGGAUACUUUAUUGAUGUUUCUCUACACAGCAGAGAUGAUAGCAAAAAUGCACAUCCGGGGAAUCGUCAAGGGAGAUAGCUCCUAUGUGAAAGACCGCUGGUGUGUUUUCGAUGGAUUUAUGGUCUUUUGCCUGUGGGUUUCAUUGGUGUUACAGGUGUUUGAAAUCGCUGACAGAGUGGAUCAGAUGUCACCCUGGGGUAUGCUGCGAAUCCCACGGCCACUCAUCAUGAUCCGGGCCUUCCGGAUUUAUUUCCGAUUUGAACUGCCAAGGACCAGAAUUACAAAUAUUUUAAAGCGAUCAGGAGAACAAAUAUGGAGUGUUUCAAUAUUCCUACUUUUCUUUCUACUUCUUUAUGGAAUUUUAGGAGUUCAGAUGUUUGGGACAUUUACCUAUCACUGCGUAGUGAAUGACACAAAACCAGGGAACGUAACCUGGAAUAGCUUAGCCAUCCCUGAUACACACUGCUCUCCAGAGCUAGAAGAAGGCUACCAAUGCCCACCGGGAUUUAAAUGCAUGGACCUGGAAGAAUUGGGCCUUAGCAGGCAAGAGCUGGGCUACAGUGGCUUUAAUGAGAUAGGCACCAGCAUAUUCACCGUCUAUGAAGCGGCCUCCCAGGAAGGCUGGGUCUUCCUCAUGUAUCGCGCCAUUGACAGCUUCCCCCGCUGGCGGUCCUACUUCUACUUCAUCACUCUGAUUUUCUUCCUCGCCUGGCUUGUUAAGAACGUGUUUAUUGCUGUCAUCAUUGAGACCUUUGCAGAAAUCAGAGUCCAGUUUCAACAAAUGUGGGGAUCACGAAGCAGCACGACCUCUACAGCCACUACGCAGAUGUUUCACGAAGAUGCUGCUGGUGGUUGGCAGCUGGUAGCUGUGGAUGUCAACAAGCCCCAGGGACGCGCCCCAGCCUGCCUCCAGAAAAUGAUGCGGUCAUCAGUGUUCCACAUGUUUAUUCUGAGCAUGGUGACCGUGGAUGUGAUUGUGGCAGCCAGUAACUACUACAAAGGAGAAAGAUUCAGAUCACAGUAUGAUGAGUUCUACCUUGCAGAGGUGGCUUUUACUGUACUUUUUGAUUUGGAGGCACUGCUGAAGAUAUGGUGUCUGGGAUUCACUGGAUAUAUUAGCUCAUCUCUUCACAAAUUUGAGCUGCUCCUGGUCAUUGGAACUACUCUUCAUGUGUAUCCAGAUCUUUAUCAUUCUCAGUUCACAUACUUCCAGGUACUUCGAGUGGUUCGACUUAUUAAGAUUUCACCUGCAUUGGAAGACUUUGUAUACAAGAUAUUUGGCCCUGGAAAGAAGCUUGGGAGUUUGGUUGUUUUCACUGCCAGCCUCCUGAUUGUCAUGUCAGCCAUUAGCUUACAGAUGUUCUGCUUUGUUGAAGAACUGGACAGAUUUACGACUUUUCCAAGGGCAUUUAUGUCCAUGUUCCAGAUCCUCACCCAGGAAGGGUGGGUGGACGUAAUGGACCAGACUCUAAAUGCUGUGGGACACAUGUGGGCACCUGUGGUUGCCAUCUACUUCAUUCUCUACCAUCUCUUUGCAACUCUGAUUCUCCUGAGUUUGUUUGUGGCUGUUAUUUUGGACAACUUAGAACUUGAUGAAGACUUAAAGAAGCUUAAACAACUGAAACAAAGUGAGGCAAAUGCAGACACAAAAGAGAAGCUCCCACUACGCCUGAGAAUCUUUGAAAAGUUUCCCAACAGACCACAAAUGGUGAAAAUCUCAAAACUUCCUUCUGAUUUUACAGUUCCUAAAAUCAGGGAAAGUUUCAUGAAGCAGUUCAUUGAUCGCCAGCAACAGGACACUUGCUGCCUCUUCCGGAUUCUUCCUUCAGCCUCUUCCUCAUCAUGCGAUCACUCCAAACGGUCGGCAAUAGAAGACAACAAAUACAUUGAUCAAAAAUUUCGCAAGUCUGUUUUCAGCAUCAGGGCAAGGAACCUUCUGGAAAAGGAGACUGCAGUUACCAAGAUCCUAAGAGCUUGCACUCGACAGCGCAUGCUGAGCGGAUCAUUCGAGGGGCAGCCGGCGAAGGAGAGGUCAAUCCUCAGUGUCCAGCACCACAUCCGCCAGGAGCGCAGAUCAUUAAGACACGGCUCAAACAGCCAGAGGAUCAGCAGGGGGAAAUCGCUUGAAACUUUGACUCAAGAUCAUUCCAAUACAGUGAGAUACAGAAAUGCACAAAGAGAAGACAGUGAAAUCAAGAUGAUUCAGGAAAAAAAGGAGCAAGCUGAGAUGAAGAGGAAGGUGCAGGAAGAGGAACUGCGAGAGAACCACCCUUACUUCGACAAGCCGCUGUUUAUAGUGGGCCGGGAGCACAGGUUCAGAAACUUUUGCCGUGUGGUAGUCCGGGCACGCUUCAAUGCAUCGAAAACAGAUCCAGUCACGGGAGCUGUGAAAAUUACCAAGUACCAUCAACUCUAUGAUUUGCUGGGAUUAGUCACUUACCUGGACUGGGUCAUGAUCAUUGUAACCAUCUGCUCCUGCAUCUCCAUGAUGUUUGAAUCCCCCUUCCGAAGAGUCAUGCAUACGCCUACUUUGCAGAUCGCCGAGUACGUGUUUGUCAUCUUCAUGAGCAUUGAACUUAAUCUGAAGAUUAUGGCAGAUGGCUUAUUUUUCACUCCAACUGCUGUUAUCAGGGACUUUGGUGGAGUAAUGGAUAUAUUUAUUUAUCUUGUAAGCUUAAUAUUUCUUUGUUGGAUGCCUCAAAAUGUACCAGCUGAAUCUGGAGCCCAGCUCCUGAUGGUUCUUCGCUGCCUGAGGCCUCUACGGAUAUUCAAGCUGGUACCCCAGAUGAGGAAAGUGGUUCGAGAACUUUUCAGUGGGUUCAAGGAAAUUUUUCUGGUCUCCAUACUUCUGCUGACAUUAAUGCUUGUUUUUGCAAGUUUCGGAGUACAGCUUUUUGCUGGAAAACUAGCCAAGUGCAAUGAUCCCAACAUCAUCCGAAGGGAAGAUUGUAAUGGCAUAUUCAGGAUUAAUGUAAGUGUGUCCAAGAACUUAAAUUUAAAAUUAAGACCUGGAGAGAAAAAACCUGGAUUUUGGGUGCCACGUGUUUGGGCUAACCCUCGGAACUUUAAUUUUGACAAUGUGGGCAACGCUAUGCUGGCAUUGUUUGAAGUUCUGUCUUUGAAAGGCUGGGUAGAAGUGAGAGACGUAAUUAUUCACCGUGUGGGGCCGAUCCACGGAAUCUAUAUUCACGUUUUUGUAUUCCUGGGUUGCAUGAUUGGACUGACCCUUUUUGUUGGAGUAGUUAUUGCUAAUUUCAAUGAAAACAAGGGAACGGCUCUGCUGACCGUAGAUCAGAGAAGAUGGGAAGAUCUCAAGAGCAGACUGAAGAUCGCACAGCCUCUUCAUCUCCCACCUCGCCCCGAUAACGAUGGUUUUAGAGCGAAAAUGUAUGACAUCACCCAGCAUCCAUUUUUUAAGAGGACAAUUGCGCUGCUUGUCCUGGCCCAAUCCGUGCUGCUCUCCGUCAAGUGGGAUGUGGAGGACCCUGUGACAGUCCCUUUGGCAACAAUGUCGGUUGUCUUCACCUUCAUCUUUGUUCUGGAGGUGACUAUGAAGAUCAUAGCGAUGUCACCUGCUGGGUUCUGGCAAAGCAGAAGGAACCGAUAUGACCUCCUGGUGACGUCACUCGGCGUGGUGUGGGUGGUGCUUCACUUUGCUCUAUUGAAUGCAUAUACCUAUAUGAUGGGAGCGUGUGUGAUUGUCUUUAGGUUUUUCUCCAUCUGUGGGAAGCAUGUGACGCUGAAGAUGCUCCUCCUGACUGUGGUGGUCAGCAUGUACAAGAGCUUCUUUAUCAUAGUAGGAAUGUUCCUCUUGCUGUUAUGCUAUGCUUUUGCUGGAGUGGUUUUAUUUGGCACUGUGAAAUAUGGAGAGAACAUUAACAGGCAUGCAAAUUUUUCUUCAGCUGGCAAAGCUAUUACAGUUCUAUUCCGAAUUGUCACAGGUGAAGACUGGAACAAGAUUAUGCAUGAUUGCAUGGUUCAGCCUCCAUUCUGUACUCCCGAUGAAUUUACAUACUGGGCCACAGACUGUGGAAAUUAUGCUGGUGCACUCAUGUACUUCUGUUCAUUUUAUGUCAUCAUUGCCUACAUCAUGCUGAAUUUGCUUGUAGCGAUAAUUGUGGAGAAUUUCUCUUUGUUUUAUUCCACUGAGGAGGACCAGCUUUUAAGUUAUAAUGAUCUUCGCCACUUUCAAAUCAUCUGGAACAUGGUGGAUGAUAAAAGAGAGGGCGUGAUCCCCACUUUUCGAGUGAAGUUUCUGCUGAGACUGCUACGUGGGAGGCUGGAGGUGGACCUGGACAAAGACAAGCUCCUGUUUAAGCACAUGUGCUACGAGAUGGAGAGGCUGCACAACGGGGGCGACGUCACUUUCCACGACGUCCUGAGCAUGCUCUCCUACCGCUCUGUGGAUAUCCGGAAGAGCCUGCAGCUGGAGGAGCUGCUUGCUCGCGAGCAGCUGGAGUACACCAUAGAGGAGGAGGUGGCCAAACAGACCAUCCGCAUGUGGCUGAAGAAGUGUCUGAAGCGCAUCCGGGCUAAACAGCAGCAAUCCUGCAGUAUUAUCCACAGCCUGAGAGAGAGCCAACAGCAAGAGCUGAGCAGGUUCCUGAAUCCUCCCAGCAUUGAGACCACUCAGCCCAGUGAGGACGCACACGCCAACAGUCAGGAUCACAAUACACAACCUGAGACAAGCAGCCAGCAGCAGCUUCUGAGCCCUACUUUGUCGGACCGUGGAGGAAGCCAGCAAGGUGGAACUGAAAUUGGGAAGCCCCAGAGGAAACUGGGACAGUGGCGGCUGCCAUCUGCACCAAGACCAACAAGCCAGCCAGAUCAACCCCCAGUCAACACAUGGUCGGGAGGGAGAACAACAAUGAAAUCAGUUGUAUGCAAGAUGAACCCAAUGCCAGACACGGCUUCCUGUGGCUCCGAGGUUAAGAAGUGGUGGACAAGACAGCUGACCGUGGAGAGUGAUGAAAGUGGUGACGACCUUCUGGACAUUUAGAUGGCAGAAGGAGGUCUAGUGGUGAAAAUUCUGUUCUAAUAUUUCCCUUCAUCACCCAGUGAAUAAUUCAUAAUCUAUAUACAAUCUCAUUCCAAUUUGGCACAAGAUUUUUUUAAACUGAUU